UGUUGAGAAAGAGAAACCACAACAAAAAGUGGUGUCCUAAAGAAAGACCAUCUUUCUCUUUUCUGUAUCACCGUUGGAAGAGACUGAGAUGGGUUCAAAAACCAAGACUUUUACCUUUGAAGAGGUGGCUAAACACAAUCACAGGAAGGAUUGUUGGAUUAUAGUCAAAGGGAAGGUGUAUGAUGUCACCCCAUUUUUGGAUGAUCAUCCAGGAGGUGAUGAAGUUUUAGUGACUGCAACAGAGAAGGAUGCCACCACUGAUUUUGAAGAUAUUGGCCACAGUGAUUCAGCAACACAGAUGAUGGAAAAAUACUUUGUUGGGGAGGUUGACACCAACACUCUUCCAGCACAAGUUACCAGCAACAACAGUGUACGCCAACCAACACAAGCACCACCUGCCUAUAACAAUCAAUCUUCAGGAUUUGUUGUGAAGAUGUUGCAGUACAUAGUGCCAUUGCUGAUAUUGGCCUUUGCAUUUGGCCUGCAGUACUAUGGCAAAAAAAACAAGUCCACUGAGUCAGAAAAUUGAAUUUGAGUUUGUGACCAUUGUUUUAGUGGUAAUAAUAGACUGGUGGCAGUGUUGUUUCUUUUCUUUUCUUUUUGGGGUAUCAUUUAAAACUACUUCACUAUCUCAAAUACCAUGCGGGGAUUAAUUUUGUAUUCUUAGUGUGUUGUGGCCUCUUGCUCAAGUUAUGCUUGUUGUUAUUUAGGUACCGUUCGAUUGAGUGGAAAGAAAAGAAAUAAAAGUUCUAAAUCAGAGUAAAAAGGUGUUGGAUCAUCUCAUGAUACUA